AUGGGAGGAGACUCCUCAACCCUCUCACUGCUCUCCAGAAAGCACGAAAUUCUUCUCUUCUCAAGUACCGCCAUUGCUCUAUAUGGGUACGACCAAGGAAUGAUGUCCUUGAUCAAUACAAACCACUCCUAUCUCCGGACCAUGCAAAUAUCGCCCGAGUCUCCCUUGAUCGGAAUUAUUGUAUCGGUCUAUUACUUAGGAUGUGCGGUUGGCUCCGUCAUUGCGUCCUGGCUUGCUGACCGAAAAGGUCGCAGGCUUUCUAUCUUUAUUUGUCUAGCAAUAACAGUACUUGGCAACAUUUUCAUGUUUACAUCAGGAAUGUCCCCGAGUGGAACAUCUCCAUGGAACGACGGCGCAUUAGGAUGUAUGUUGACUGGCCGAAUCAUUUUGGGACUGGGAGUUGGAGGCAUCGAUGCAGUGGUGCCAAUAUACAGUAGUGAGCUGUCGUCAGAUGAAUCCCGCGGUCGAGCUCUUGCCCAAGAGUUCCAAAUGAAUAUUUUUGGACUCGUCAUGGCAUAUUCUAUUAACCUUGGAGUCACAAUCAGCCUUGGAAAGGAUAGUCAAUGGGCCUGGCGAAUCCCAAUUGUCAUUAUGCAAAUUUUCCCCAUACUCCUGAUGUCCGUCACGAGUCAACUUCCAGAAACUCCACGCUGGUUUAUAAGCAAGGAUAGGAAGGAUGAUGCAAGGAAGGCGCUGGAAUCAAUCCAUGGAAAAGAGAUAGCAGAUUUAAAAUUAGAAGAGCUGGAGAAGGCCCAGGAGGAAGAGAGUGAUAAGAACGUUGGCUAUAAAGAUAUGUUAUUUCCUGGUGGCUCUCACUUCCAUCCAACCGUGGUGACGGUCAUGGGUCAGGUGAAUCAAGCUCUUACAGGCUAUGGCGCUGUUUCCGUCUACGGGCCACAGAUUCUUGAGCUUCUUGGUUUCGGCGUCCGCCAAGCAGAGCUUUUGACGCUUGCAAACUACAUCUCAUAUUUCCUUAUGAUGACAUUUGCUUGGCUAAGCAUCGACAUUUUUGGCAGAAGGAAGCUUAUGGUCUGGGGUGCUGCAGGCUUGACUAUUUGUUUUGGCAUGCUCACACUCUUUGGGGGUCUGGCAUCAAGUGUUUCUGGGAUCCCCAAACUCGCUGUCGAAAUCCCUGGGACCAUAGCCCUGUUUGUUGCGACUGCGACUUUCGGCAUCGGAUGGCUGGCAACUGUCUGGCUAAUUCCCACUGAGAUAUAUCCCAGCAUGGCUCGCGCACAAGGGGGCGCUAUCAGCGUCAUCGUUUGGGGACUGGCUAACUUUUCUGUCACGUUGCUGGCACCGAUCGGCUUCAACAACCUGAAAUUCUGGUUAUUUCUAGUGUUUGCGGCAACUAAUGCUUUUGCCGGAUGGUGGACUUGGACCUAUACCCCUGAGAGUGGUGGAAGGAGCUUCGAGGAGAACCAGGAGUUCUUUGAAAGUGCAAAGAAAGAUAACAGCUGGGUUGUCAAAGAUGUUGACGGAGGGAAAUUUGUGGCGAUGCCGCACAAGGAGAAUGAUGAAGGAGAUGGAGAACGUUCACCAUUGCUUAGAAGAAGAACGUAG